UACACCGCGGGGCAUUCGGUCGGUCCUUGGACAAAGUCAGCUUCCCCAACGCGAUAAAGAACCCUCCCGCUCACUCAUCCAAAACCCAGCGCUGCCAAACAUGACGGAACAGCCGGUAUCAGUCCUCUUCGUUUGCCUUGGCAACAUCUGCCGCUCGACCAUGGCCGAGGGCGUGUUCCGCAACAUUGCGCAGAAGCCGCCGUACAAGGGCCUCAUCGCCAAGGUGGAUUCUUGCGGUACAGCUGCCUAUCAUGUCGGCGACCCCCCAGACUCCAGGACGAUGGCGACGCUUGAAGACCACGGUAUCACGGAUUACCGCCAUUCCGGUCGCAAGGUGUCGCCAUCCGACUUCAACAAGUUCGACUACAUCUUCGCCAUGGACCGAUCGAACUUGCGAGACCUCCAAAACCUCCAGCAGCGCGGCAACCCUGACUCAAAGGCCAGGGUGAUGCUGUUUGGCGAGUUUUCGGGGGGGCGGAGGCCGGAAGUAGUGGAAGAUCCGUACUAUGGCGGCGACGAGGGCUUCUCCAAGGCCUACGAGCAGUGCACGCGGUUUUCCGGCAAUUUCCUCAAACACAUCUUCCCCCACAUCGACCCCAAGGUAUAAGGCACGGCGAUUCACUCUCAAGGGGCACCGACAAGCGCCGGAGAGCACAGGUAAGCAGCUCGCACGUGACUAGUCGUGGAGAGGCAAGGCGUUUGGAAGGCGGCAUGGAGAUUGCAGUAGGGACAUAUUCCGCCGUUGCAGAAGAAAAAAGGCCGACGAUGACCACGUCUACGGUACAGCGCUGAGCGAGGGCAGGGGAAGGAAAGGGCCAUCUGCAGAAAGAGAAAGACAAAAAAGAGGAAAACCGACACAACCAGAUGCAUUAGUGAAGUGAUUAUCCGGCAGACAGACAGGCAUUGGGAGAGGCAUAUUAGCGUGUCUUGUUUGGUUCCGCAAAUGCAAGUUGCAUAUAGAAGAUUUGAUUUUUCAAGCCGUCCCUGUUGGCGGCCAAUGAACGAUGUUCUUGGCAUCACAGAGGUACAGUGUGACCGGGUCGACGAUAAACAGCCAAAUAGACGAAAGGGAGGAGGCAGUCU